AAUAUAUCGAAAACUAUUGGAGAUUUUUUAUUGAAAAUGGACAUGUGGCAUUCUUAUGGCAGGAACAUCUUAAAGAAAAAUUAUAGUGAAAUUUGUGCACCCCAUAAAAAUUUUAUGGGGAUUUUGUUCCCUUAAACCUCCCAAACUUUUGUGUACGUCUCAAUUAAAUUAUUAUUGUGGUACCAUUAGUUAAAUUCAAUAUUAUUAAAAUUUUUUUGCCUCUUAGUAUUUUUUCGAUAAGGCAGUUUUUAUCGAGUUGAAGCUUAUUUUUCAAUAUGUUUACAUAAAAAUUUUAUCGGGGUUUUGUUCUUUUAAACCCCCCAAAUGUUUGUGUACGUUCCAAUUAAAAUAUUACUGCGAUACCAUUAACACAGUGUUUUUAAAAUUUUUUUGCCUCUUUGUAUUUUUUCGAAAAGGCACCUUUUAUCGAGAUGUGACUUCUUUUUUAAUAUGGUUCAAAAUAUCCCUAAAAAUGUAAAUCAUAAAUAAAUGUUCAUAUUAUUACCAAGUCUCCAUAAUCGUACUUACCCAUAUACAAAUAUGUGGUGGAUUUGACAAAUAUUCGAAAUAUCUCGAUAAAAACUGACUUUUCCAAAAAGUACUAAGAGGCAAAAAAGUUUUAAAAACAUUGUGUUUAACUAAUGGUACUACAAAAUUAAUUUAAUUGGAACGUACACAAAAGUUUGGGGGGUUUAAAGGAACAAAACCCCCAUAAAAUUUUUAUGGGGUGUCCAAAUUUCACUAUAAUUUUUUCUUAAGAUGAUACUGCCAUAAGAAUGCCACAUGUCCAUUUUCAAUAAAAAAUCUCCAAUAGUUUUCGAUACAUUCGAAAAAAUCGAUUUUCAUUUUGUAACUUAAAAGGGCUGUAACUUUUUUAUGUGCACAUUUGUACUAAGGUAAGUUAGGUUCAGUCGAAUCAUUUUUGGUCCCAGAAUAUGUGAUUAAAUUUAUGACCUGUAUUUUGUUACACCCUGUAUAUGGCAUACUUGUCAGUAACUGCUGUAAAUGAAUUAUUCCGAAAACUCUCAUUUCCUCACAUGACGACAUGGAAUGGUCACCAUGAUCUCCUGAUCUCACUCUUCUAGAUUUCUUUUUGUGGGGGUACUUAAAAAGCAGCUUUUACGUUGAUCCCCUGCUACCAUCGAUCAGCUAAAACAACGAAUUCGCGAGGAAAUCAACAAUAUCCCAAUUGCUUUAUACCAACGUCUGGUCCUACACUUCCAUAUGGACACCAUUAUUUUAAAAAAGUAAAUCCGUAUUUUUGUACGCUGUUUUAGCAAUAAAUCGUGUCUGACUUUUCACCUUUAUCUUUUAUAACUUUUUGAAAAGGGAAAUUUACUCUGGGUCACCUUGUACAUUUAAUGUUGUCAUAGAUUUGCCAAAUUACAAGUUGACUGAAAAUGUAUCUGUAAAGUAUUAACAUAAGAAUGGUGCUGUCUCAGAUUUAGCAUUAUGUUAUCCUUUUAUAACAUUUUUUAUGUGCAAAUCGUCGCUAAUGUAAGUUAGUAAAUCUACUAAUGUAUGUAGUGGAUACCUUAAGUAUUUUAUAAUAUGCUGGAUAAUAUAUUAUAUACAUCACCAUAAAUCAUAGAUAUAUAAUACUCUAGAUUGCGCCCUGCGAUCUUAAAAUGGGUGACGGUUGCGACAGAGAUAAAUGAGCCUAUUUGGUCGGUAGUCUCUUUUUAAUUUAAGGGGAAUAUCGACGACGUGAAUAUCCCACUUAUCGAUUAAUAUGUGUUGACAGUUGGAGCGGGUGGUGACGGGAAAUGGUCUUUGGUCUUCGGACGUGGAUAAUCGUGGUUCGAAUCCCAUACCAACUUUACUUUUUUUAUUUUUAUUUAAUCAAUAUUGCGUUUAUUAGAUAUUUUUACAUCUGAAAAAUGGACCUAAGUAAAUCUAGCAGAUAAUAAAUGUAUGUAUAGUAAGUUAAUAUUGGAAUACAUAAUUUGUGAACUGCAUAGUAAAAUAAAAGUCAUUCGUUAUUAAUAUAAAUUCGUCCUUAUUCGAAUGAUGUGAAUGUUUGUUUUGCUUCUACUUUUUUAAAAAAUUGUAACAAUAGUUUCAUAAAUAAAAAUAAUGUCUAAUUACUUAUAAUUGAAUCGGUCAUUUCAAAAACAGCAAAGUCCAUAAUUUUCAGAAACUAACUUUUUGAGAGGAAUAGACUCCUUUAAGAUAAACAUUGUGCAAGAACGACACCAGUCCAGUAAAAACAUUAGGAACAAAACUACAAUAUAACUCUGAAUUUUGAUGUCAUCCAUUUCAUCCAUCUUUCGACUAUAUAGUUAGGUUUCUUUGCUCUUCUGUAAAAUUAGGAAUAUGUGACUCAUGUUGUUUUUGAAAUGACCGAUUCAAUUAAUAAAUCGAUGGUACAUUAUGUUGAUAUUAAUUAUUGGUAAUUUUUUACGAAUAUUUUUAACAAUUACUUUAUACUAUUCUACAAUUAACUUAUUAAAAAAAUAACAUUGGCUUUUAUAUUUUUAAAAAUCUAUAGGUACCUACACAGUUUUUCUUAUUUGUUAUAUAUUUCUUUGCAUAGAUUUACUUUAGAGAUGUAAUAAUAUCUAAUAAACGCAAUAUUAUUAAAUAAAAAAUAAAAAAAGUAAAUUCGAAAAGUAAGUUCGAAAUGGGAUUCGAACCAGAAUUAUCCACGUCCGAAGACAAACGACCAGUUCUUGUCGCCAUCCGCUCGAACUGUCAAACCAUCUAAAAUACUCGACGACAGAGUAGGAUAGUGACGUCGUCGAUACUCCCUUUGAAUUAGAAAGAGACUACCGACCAAAUAGGCUCAUUUAUCUCUGUCGCAACCGUCACCCAUUUUAAGAUCGUAAGGCGCAAUCUAGAGUAUUAUAUAUCUAUGCCAUAAAUAUUAAUUAUCUAACCUAACCUAACCUAGAAAAUUUUUUUAGAAAGAUAAUUUUUACCUGGAAAUAUAUUUUUGUGCAACGUUCACAUCAGACAGACUCUACUUGCCUAAUGUUACUACUGCUAUUGCUUUAGCAUUUAGUCUUGAUUAUGGAAGGGUGAUUAUAAAUAUCUAUAUCACUAUUUAUAGCGCUUAUUUGAAUUUUUUUAAAUAAGCCUGUGUUAUUCUUUAUUUGAAAAAAAAAAUUGUACAGAAUACUGGGCCUUGUAAAAUAUCUUAUAUAAUGAAAAUAAUGCAUUAUUUCCAUUAGUUAGCAAAACCGUUCCAUCAUUCGUUGAGAGAUGCGUCCAAAAAACUACAUUGAAAGGAAUUAGGUCUUAAAAUACAUGGACUUAAUCUGAGAUAUUAUGUACGCGUCCUAGUUCUAAUAGCUGAUACGUAAACAUAUUUAUGUAAAAUUCAUGUUUGAAGAUUAUAGAAUGAAACAGAAAAAAUAAGCCGGAGAGAAAAAUUCAGUAAAACGAUGACUUCAACAGAUCCAGGUGAAAACACCUCUAUUAUAAUCAGCGUUGCCAGACGUCCCGCUUUUCGCGGGACGUCCCGAUUUUUAACUCAAAAUUAAAUGUCCCGCGCGGGACAGGCUCAAUCCCGCUUUUUGGGAAUAAUUCGACCCUGCGUGCAGCGUACUGAGAAAGCGCAGCGGUUGGCACAAACAAGUGUGGACCGGCCGCCUGUCCAGCGCAUAAUGAAUAUAAGCGCGGGCGAGAGAGAGGGUGCCUCUGUGCCUCACGCAAUCGGUGCGUGCGACUGCUAACAUCUUCUCUUUCUCUUCUGCUCUUUUCUUGUUCUUAUUUGAAUCGUAAGCGAGUAGCUGUGAUUACUUACGAAAGAAAAACGAAUACCAUUUGUUUUCGAGCUUGAAAUCAGUGAGGUAGUGAGUUGCGUUAGGUGCGAAAUUUAGUGUAAUUGCAAUAAGAAAACAAAAGUUCCAGUUUUUUUACGAAAGAUGAAUGAAACUUAUGAAACCGAUAGUGAUGUUUCGGAUUGCUCGAAACCGGAAGACAUUACACCCAAGAAGAAAAUCAAACUAGGAAAACAUCGCCUCACCAAAUACAGUUCAAAUUGGCAGAAUGAUCACAAUUGGUUGCGUUCUGUGGCGUCGGGUGAGUAUAAAGCUUACUGUACACUGUGCAAAAAAGAGUUUACUAUUUCACAUGGCGGAUUAAACGACGUAGUGAAGCAUUCCAAAACAAAUAGUCACUUGAAGAUCACUAGUUCUCGUGCUGCAAGAAACUUAACUAGCUAUUUCCAGGCACCGGGUACUUCAACAUCUGAUCGUGAUCGCGAUGAUAUUAUAUACAAAACGUCAGCUGCAGAAAUUACUUCUGUAUAUCACACCGUUAAACAUUCGUUAAGCUACAAUAGUCUGGAUUGUUUUCAAAAGUUAUUACCUCUCAUGUACGCCGAUUCUAAGAUAGCUAAGAAUGUUAAAUGUGGUAGGACAAAGAGCGAAGCAAUAGUUUGUGAAGUAUUGGCAAAAGAAGCUUUGAAGGACGUAGUUCAAAAUUUAAAAGAAGAUUUAUUUUUUUCGAUUUCUACGGAUGCCAGCAAUAAAGGAAACCGGAAAAUGUUUCCAAUAUGUGUGCGAUAUUUCAGUUUUGACAAAGGAAUACAAAACAAAUUAAUAGAUUUUGUGGAGAGUAAUGACGAAACUGCCGACCAAAUAACAAAGGUACUUUGUGAAACACUGGAUAAACAUAACUUAAAAUUAUCGCAAGUAACAUCAUAUGGUGCAGACAAUGCAAAUGUAAACUUUGGUUCAAAUCAUUCUGUUUUCACUAAUCUUCAUUCCAAAAACGAAAAAAUAUUAAAAGCUAACUGUUCAGUUCACAUCUUGCAUAACAUGAGCAAAUUUGCAUGUGAUAGAUUAGACAUCGAUGUAGAAGCUAUCAUCUUAAAAAUAUAUGGCCAUUUCUCACAUUCAGCUAAACGUCGUGCGGAAUUGAUGGAGAUAUUUGAAACUACGGAAAUGGAGUGGGUCGAGUUAUUACGUCACGUAAAUACAAGAUUUUUGUCGCUCUGUCCUGCUGUUGAGAGAAUAAUCAAGGUUUGGCCUGCUUUGAAAAGCUACUUUGAUAAAAAAGAAUCAUGUGCGAAAGCCAUUGAAAAAAUUUUUGGUUCUGAAGCAGAGGAAACAAAAACUCUAGCCUACUUGAAUUUUGUUUAUAAUGUGAUGAGUGCUUUUGGUACAUUAAUAAAAGAGUCUCAGGGAAAUGACAUUGCCAUAACCGAAAUGCAUGAGUCAUUACGCCUCUUCCGUUCAAGACUGAUUCAAAGACAGAAGGAUGGGUUUUUCGGCUACCAGACGAAACUUAUUUUAAAUAAAUUAGUUGAAUCUGAAGAGAUCAAAGUCAUCGAAGACUUUAAACUAUUUUACACAAAUUGCCAAAAAUAUAUAGAAAAACGUUAUAAUUUUUCAGAUGAGAAUAUUUUUGCUAGACUUAAAUUCCUAAAUCUGGAAACUGAAAUUAGUUUCGACAUGAUUGAAAAUGCUAUCGCUUUAUUGAAAUUGACAGACAAUAUUUCGGUAGAUCACCUAUAUGAAGAAUUUAACUUGUUGAAAUCAUCUUUGGACGUAUUAGUGGGAAAUUCCAAAGACACCACUGCCACCACCGCACAGAAAUGGCAACAGCUCUUUCAACAGUUUCCAAAAAAAGAUACCAGGAAUAUGUUUAAACUCGUAUCUUUUAUAUUAAGUACUCCAACGUCAAACUGCUUUCCGGAACGAGUUUUUUCGCAGAUGAAUUUGAAAUGGUCAGAUGCGAGAAAUAAAUGUUCCGUAAAGUUAAUUAAAGCAGAAUUACUCGUCCAGUUUAAUCUACAGCUAUCCUGUGAAGAGUUCUUUAAAUUUACUAAAGAGAAAAGGGAUAUUUUGAAAGAAGUUAAAUCCUCACAAAAAUAUGAAUAAGUAAUUCUUAUAAAUAAUUAAAAUAUUCUCUUAUUGUUCUUAUUUUGUUAUUCUUAUAUCUUUUAUAACUUUUAUUCUUAUAAAUAUAUAAAAUUAUUCUCUUAUAAUUUGUAACUCUAACUUCUAUGACUUUUGUUUGAAACGCCACAUUUUUCUAACGAAUAAAACGUUUUUGAUUCUGAUAUCUGAUUUGUUUUUUAUUUUUUUAUUCAGAAGACGAAUAAGACUCAAUAUUUUAAUGAUAAGGUAAAUGUGAUUUAAAAUACCAUAUUUUUAUUAAAAUUUAUUUUCUAUUGAUAUUUUCACUAGGUGACUAUCUUAAUGUCUCGUAAACGUAAUUUGAACUAAAAUAAAAAGAUAAAUAUUCAAAUAUUUUUGAUUAUAUACCUUUUUUCACUAUGUCCCGCUUUCGACGAAACAAUCCCGCUUUUUUCACUCAAAAAGUUCCUAAAUCCCGACUUGGCAAAAAAAAAAUCUGGCAACGCUGAUUAUAAUUAUAAAUAACACAAUUUUUUUAUUUCACCAACUUUUCAAUAGUAUGCAUAACGUUGCAUACUACUUUAGACGGCUAAAGUAUGCAUCAAAGAUGGAAUACAGUGAUUUAAAACAGUGACAAAAAAUAACCAAUCAAUAUGCUAGUUCUGAAGUCGAUACAACAGUAGUAGACAGUAAGUUCCACUGUACUUUAAAAACGAAGUGUUCUUGAGAAAUACAAAAAAAUUUCAUUAUUUACGUACUAUAAAAAAGCUUUAAUAAAUAAAAAAUUAUAUAACUGUAUCAGCUGUUUUAAACAGUAAUUUUUUUAUACGAUGAU